UCACGUGCAUUUGACAGCGACUGAAAGCAGAGUGUCUUGUGAAGAAAAAAAAAGAAAAAACCAUUAAAAAACUAAAAAUGUCUGAUAGUGAGAAUAACGAAUGGACUAAUAAGGAGGUGCCUGAGGUCCCGCCUACUAGGGAGUCUAGUGGAGAACUUUCCGACGACCUGGAUCUCCUAUGGGGCUCUCGAUUCUAUGAUGGGUUCAUGGAACUGGCAGAAAGAUUUGUUCGCGACGGCCUUUAUACCGAUUUCCGUAGUGCUGGGGAGACUAUGUAUAAUGAGCAGAACACGAAUAUGUUUCGCGAUUUGCCGACGGUCGGUGAGGAGGGUCAGGAAGAAGUGAAUACGGUUGUGGAUAUCUAUGCAGAAGACGAUCCUGUGGAUGCUCCGGUGGCGACUGACGAUGAUUUUUUUUUGAAACCAGCCACUCCAAAGAAGCGUCGUUUUUCGGUAGCGUCAAGUGCUGUGCCGGUCCGCAGGUCACGACGAUUGGCUUCCCUGGGACCAUUAGACUCGGAUGAAGUACCAUCUUGGAUCAACCAAAGAAAGACUUCUGCUCCGAAAUAAGAAUCAAAAAUGAAA